AUGGCUCGUCCGAGAGUAUGUUCAAUCUGGGCGGCUGUGAGGGUCGUCGUGGCGGUUUGGAUCCUGUGGUUGACCACCGUCACGGGAAGCGUCCACGCUCGAUACGUGCUGAUCGACCACUACGCCGGUGAUUCCUUCUUGGAUCGUUUUGAUUUCUUCACGGGUCCCGACCCGACCCACGGAUACGUGACGUAUCUGGACCGACCAGCAGCGACACGGGCGGGAUUGGUCGCCCUUCGCAAUGAAAGCCUCUACCUCGGGGUAGACUCCAACAAGCUCGCCACAGGUCCUGGGCGGGCAAGUGUCCGGAUCACCAGCCAGACGUCGUACCAUCAAUGCUUGCUCCUUCUGGACCUUACACACAUGCCGGGGAGCACCUGUGGGACCUGGCCCGCCUUUUGGACGGUGGGGCCGAAUUGGCCCGACGGCGGUGAGAUUGACAUCAUCGAGGGCGUGAAUACGCAGAACACGAACGCGAUGAGCCUCCACACGAACCGGACGUGCCACAUUCGCCCGGACACCGCGUUCUCGGGCACCUUGAUCCGCGAUGAGUGCGAGCGAGACCGUGGCCCGGACGGUUGCACCGUCGUUUCCACCGUCGCCGGCACCUACGGAGACGAGCUCAACGAGAUAUCCGGGGGGAUCUACGCGAUGGAGUGGACUGAGCACGGCAUCCGGGUUUGGUUCUUCCCUCGUGGCUCUACCCCCGUCGACGUCUUGGAAGGCUUGCCGGAGCCAGCACAGUGGCCCACUCCUCUGGCGUCUUUCACGGGUGACUGUCAAUUCAACUCCUCGUUCACCGCCCAGAAAAUCGUCUUCGACACCACAUUCUGUGGCGACUGGGCUGGGGCGACCUGGAAGGAGGAUUCGGUGUGCUCCCCCCUCGCGGAAGAUUGUGAGACGUAUGUGCGGGACAACCCUGCGGCAUUCACGGAGUCAUAUUGGUCGAUCAAUCAUCUCAAAGUGUACGACCUGAGCUCGGGGGCCCCUCUCAACGACAGUAGCCAUGGGUCCGUCGUGGGCUCGAGCCGCGUGACGGGGCCGUCCCCGUCCAAUAUGUCGGUUCCUCAGCCAUCCACCGGCCCAGACGCCACCGGUCCAAGAACCUGGUAUUGGAGGGGCCAUUUCGCGUGGAUGAUGACGGAUGUGGCAGAGGCUCCGGGGCCUUCGACCCGCUAG